AUGGAGGCGGCUGUGGAUAAGAGAAAGGAGACAGAUGGGGCCGUAGACACCACGGUUUCCCCACCAGGAAGAUCACGACGUAAACCAAAGCCAAAAAACUACAGCAGUGACUUUUACACUUUUGACAACCAUGGGAAGUUGCUUCCACCAACUGCUGAAAAAGUUGAGAUCUUUGCCACUAGUACCCCAGUUAAACAGUCAGGGAUGGGGAGACAAGGGAGACCAAAGAAACAAAUACUUCUAGAGUAUGUACAGUCUGAUAAAACUGAUAUUAGCAACAUCUCUGACUGUGCACCAACUGAAGUUGAACAGACUGGGACGUCGGAAAUAAUGUUAGAUGCUUCUCAUUCAGGGACACGUAGAAACACAUCUGACAUGUUAAAUGCUUGGGAAACUAAAAGCCAGGAUGAUUUAGCUAAGAAUGGUGUGAUUGUGCAAAUAUAUAAGGAAAAUGGACAACAGAGUGCUGCAGAAAAAGCUACAAAUAAUUACAGUGACCAUGUGCAUGAGCAUGAAUCAGAAACACAGGCAAACUGUGAGCUAGACGUUUUAUGUUCGACAGGAGAGAAUACUGUGAAGAGGCAGCCGACAAAGCGAACAGCUGACAUCUUAUGUGGAGAUAGUUUCAAAGAAAAUAUCAUUAGUAAAAGGCAAAGAACUGGUUCUCAUGAUGUCAGUAGUGAAAACAGAAGUAUGUUAGGUACAGAUAAUGCUUGCGGUGGUAGUGAAGUGGACAUGGCACUGAAAAUAGUUGCUGAAGAGUCUGAACCAACCGAAAAUGGCACAGGAGAGGAAACACACUGUUCUCUUGAUUCCAGUGGAAUGUCCAUGUUUCAAAGAAAUCAGAGAGAAAGGUCAGUUGAAAGUAAUACACCUUUUAGAACUGAAGUGAUAAUUGGUUGUUCAGAUGGUACUACGAAAACUUUGGAACCCAUAAAAAGACAAAGAGGAAGCCAGCGUUCAAAUGUGUCAACAGGCUUACGAACAGAAUUGCUGAUGGCAACUGCAACUUCUGUUACACAGAGAAGAAAGUUGUCAUCUAAGGGCAAAUCUGCAAUUACCUCAUCAUCCCAGGGUGGUGAACCAGCAGUACAAAGCCCACCUGACGAAGCUGCAAGUAGUACAUUUGGGGAGAUAGAUCUGGAAAGGAACAGUAUCAAUAAUGCACAUCCUCAGUUGCAUGGAGAAACAUCUGAACAGCAGUUUGACAGUUAUGCAUCUGCUGCACCAAACAAAAGGUCCAGAGGAAGGCCACGUAAAUGUAUCUCGCAAGAGAGCACAGUAAACAAGUCCCUGGCGGCAGCUGAAAAUCAUCCAACUCAAGCUACGAGCCACAAUACCACUGGUGUCAGUCCCCAGUUGCUGGAAAUAAAAGUGGAAAUACAAGAUGAAACCGAUGUGGCUCUUGUAACACCAAAAAGACGAGGAAGACCACCUAAGUGUGUGUCACAAAGCAGUUCCACUCUUGUAGAUCCUCAGUCAGAGGAAUUAAAAGAAGAAAUGACGAGUGAAAACACAGUAGCUCCUGAAUCGGUAAGAAGACGAGGACGGCCACCUAAGCAAAGUGAACAAAAUCUCGCUGCUUCAACACACAAAAAGAGAAGUGGCAGGCCACCACUUAGUAGUGUUCUACCAAAACCGGUUGCAAAGCGACAGUCAGGAAAUUCACCACACACAUGCCAUCACUGUGGGCUGAGAGUGGACAAAUCCACUACUAUGCGGCAUCAUAUGAUGACUGAGCAUUCUUUAAUGUGGAGUGUGAAAACCCCUGAAGGUGUUGACAACCCCACACUCAUCAUCAAGACACUUGGACACGUUAUUUGCCAGAUGUGCAAAAAAAAUUUCCGAUUUACACAGUACUACAGGCAUCAUCAGAUUUGGUGUGGAAGAGAGGAGGAAAGGGCCACUUGUGAAAUUUGUAAUAGAACAUUCAGAGCCAUGUGGAUGCAGCAGCAUAUGAUGGGUCACAAAACACAGGAGAAGCGUGCUCGAGAGAGUGAACAGAAGCGGUUAUUGCAACAGACAAAGGAUGAGAGCGAGGAGGAGGAGGAAGAGGCUGAAGGUGAAUCAGCUGGAAAAAGAUCAAGAAGAAAAGCUGCCAAGAAUGAUAAUGAAGAUGAUGAUGAAGAAACACCUGGAGCUGAGAAAACUAAAAAGAAGCCUGGAGUUAAACGAAUAGAAAAAGACUCUGACAGCGCGUGCAUCCGUAUGCCACAUGCAGCUGUAAAAGAGAGAUUACAGUUGUUCAAAGAGUUGUAUGAUCAGCUACCCGAGAGACUGUUUCCAGACUUGUCUCCAAAACUAGCGGAUUGGCAACGACUCACUGGCAGUGAAGCACAGAAGUAUCUGCCAGUGCUGAAGGAAAGUCUUAAAUUUGCAUUCGGCUCAGCCCAGAACAAUAAAGUGGAAGAUGGAGAGCACACCUUAAAGUUUGGUCACACCCUGUCACAUGAUGGGUCAUCAUACUGUUACACUGGAGGUCCAAUUUGGGCAGUGGAAUGGUGCCCGGUACCUCAAGAUUCAAGUCAAAGUCAGUUUCUGGCCGUGUGUGCAGACAGAUUUACGGAGGAACAUCUGGAUGGUGCUACUCUGAUAGAUGGUCCAGGUCUUGUUCAGAUUUGGUCGACUGGCCCUUUAGCCAAUGAAAA